UAACCCUCAUUCUCUCUUAACCAUACACAUAAUAAUUCAAAGGUCUAGUCUUCAUCUUGAACCAUGUCUUUCACGUUUCAAACACUCCUUGCACUAUCGUAUCUAUAUAUGGUGGUGGUAGGGGCAAUGGACAGCACUCUAUUGUCACCACCAGAAGGCAACAUGACAUUUUUGGGUGGUUCAAAUUGGUGUGUAGCCUCACCAAGUGCAUCACAAACCGAUCUACAAAAUGCCUUGGACUGGGUUUGUGGUUUGGGUAUGACAGAUUGUAAUCAGAUUCGACCUGGAGGCCCAUGUUAUCAACCCGACACACUAUUUUCGCACGCUUCUUUUGCUUUCAAUAGCUACUACCAACAAAAUGGAAACUCCGAUGUUGCUUGCAAUUUUGGUGGCACCGCCACUUUGACCAAGAAUGAUCCUAGUUACGGGAAAUGCAAAUAUGUUGCGUCUGAGUAAGUUGCAUCGCGAUACCCGCUUUCUUUUUACAAGUUUUGGCCAGCAAAAUCAAGAGUGGCAUCAAUAUGGAAGUUGCAUUGGUGGGAAAGUGGUGGCAUGCUAUUACUUUUGUACAUGAUAAGCUAAUGAUGCAUUAAAAGGCAGGGUGUCUUGGUUGUUGGUUUAGGAAUCUUAUUGUCAUUUUUGUAAGAUACUUUGUUUAUCUUUUAACACAAUAAUAAUAAUGCAUAAACAAUACGUUCA